AUUAUUUUUUAAUUGCAGUUCUAUGAGAGCAUUAAUUAUUUGCGGGUUUUUUCCCUUUUUAUGGUCUGCCUCGGACCACUGUACUCUCUCUGUGUACACACAAACGCAUGCGUGCGCACACGCACGCUCAUAUGCAUACAUAGGCAGGCUGUUUGCAUCACUAAGGAUCUCGGUAGAUUGAAGAGGGUUUUUACUGAUGACAUCAUAAAGACGGCCACGCUUCCUCUGACUUCUUUAUUAAAUAUUCAAUUAUAUAUUAGUGUUGAACUGAAUGUCUCGCAACACUGCUGUCGGCUUCAUUAAAAGCACUGCAAAGAGACAAAUGAACAAUCGGCAUUUGGGCAUGAAGGAGGAUGACCUCUAUUCAGGCUACAAUGACUAUAAUCCACUUUUUGACUGCAAGGAGUUGGAGAAUGAUGUCAGCUUCCAAGAAGCAAUCAAGAGCAGUCAUGGAAAAAGAGCACAUUUGCAACCGAGUAGUGGACAUUUUGCUGACUCGACCACAGGGGGUCGACCUUUAACUUCUUCUUCUGGAUCUCAUACUCCCAUGCCUUCAUCAGUGAGUCGACCAAUAACAGCAGCUGCGCAGCAGAGUGGAGCAGCUCGUCCCAUAUCUGCAAUUAGUGCUGCAGGUUAUUCCUCUUCUCCCACACGAUGCCCAACCUUUGAUCCUCUGGGCCAGUCCAGAGGUCCCGCACCCCCACUGGAAGAAAAGAAAGACGACACGCCCGAAGAGAAGAUCAAACUCUUGGAGAAGAAAGUGAACGACUUGAUCACAGAGAGCUGCAUGGCGCAAAGCAUGGGAAACUCACAACUGGCUCUGGAGAAGGCCAGAGAGGCUGAGAGGAUGGAGCGAACGCUAGAGAGACAGAGGGAGCAGUCCGGAAACGCUGAACAAGUCAACGUAGAUCUCACCUACGCUGUUUUGCUCAACCUGGCUAACCAAUAUGAAAACCAUGAGAUGUACCCUGAGGCUCUGAGCAGCUACCAACUUAUCAUCAAGAACAAGAUGUUCACCAACGCAGGACGUCUGAAGGUGAACAUGGCCAACAUCUGGGUGAAGCAGAAGAACUACCCCAAGGCCAUCAAGUUGUACCGUAUGGCGCUGGACCACAUCUCGGACGACUACAAGGAGAUGAGGAUCAAGAUCAUGCAGAACAUCGGCACAGUCUUCGUGCUGCUGGGCCAGUACUCUGACGCCGCCGCGUCCUUCGAGCACAUCAUGAGCAAGAGCGCCAACGUCAGGACCGGCUACAACCUGGUCCUCUGCUACUAUGCCACCCGGGACGCCGACGGCAUGAAGAACGCCUUCCACAAGCUCCUCGCCGUGCCCCUCGACGUGCAGCACGAAGACAAGUACAUCGCCGCCAACGAUGACAUCAAAUCCAACAUGUUGAUGGAGGUCAUCAAGAAUGACAAGCUUCACCAAAUGGAGAGAGACUUGAAAGCGCGUGCUGAGAAGUACGUGAUGACCUCCGCCAAGCUCAUCGCUCCAGCCAUAGAGGCUUCUUUCGCCGCCGGAUUUGACUGGUGUGUGGCCUUGGUAAAGAACUCUCCGUAUGCGGAGCUGGCCAACGACCUGCAAUUAAAAAAGGCCAUGACCUUCUUCAGACAGAUGCACUUCGACCAGGCCAUGAAAAUCCUGAAGGAGGUUGCCAAGCAGGACAGCAGAGUUAAAAGCGCCGCGGCCAACAAUCUUGCCAGCCUCUUCAUCCUGGAGAAAGACUACGAGCAGGCGGAGCGCUACGCUGACCUGGCCAUGAACGCAGACCGCUACAACCCGGGAGCCUUUGUGUGUAAGGGCAACGCAGAGUUUGUCAAGCAUGACUACGUCAAGGCGGCGGAGUUCUUCAAGGAGGCACUGAGGAACGACUCCUCCUGCACCGAAGCCCUCAGGAACCUGGGUCUGACGUACAAGAAGCUGAAUCGUCUGGAGGAUGCGCUGGACUGCUUCCUGAAGCUCCACACCAUCCUCAGGGACAGCGCCGAGGUCAUGUAUCAGCUGGCCGACAUCUACGAGCUCCUGGAGGACCCUCAUCAGGCGGUGGAGUGGCUAAUGCAGGUCAUCAGCGUGGUCCCCAACGACCCCAAGGCUCUGGCCAAGCUGGCAGAUCUGCACGACUUGGAGGGGGACAAGUCGCAGGCUUUGCAUUACUACUGCGAGUCCUUCAGGCUGUUCCCCUGCAACAUGGAGGUGAUCGAGUGGUUGGCUGCCUACUACGUGCAGACGCAGCUCUACGAGAAGGCCAUUCACUACUUUGACAGAGCCAUACUUGUGCAACCGAGUGAGGUGAGGUGGCAGCUGAUGGUGGCCAGCUGUUACAGGAGAAGCGGAAACAGUCAGAAAGCUCUGGAAACCUACAAAGAAAUUCACCGCAAGUUUCCCGAAGAUGCGCAAUGUCUUCGCUUCCUGGUGCGGCUGUGUCAGGACAUGGGCCUCAAGGAAGUCCACGACUACGCCAGCAAACUCAAGAAGCUGGAAAAGAUGAAGGACCUCCGGGAACAGAGAGCAAAAGCAGAGCAGGAAGGAAGUACAAGAAGCCGAAGAAUAGACAGUGCGGCCUCUCCUACGGAGAGCACGCCGAGUGUUCCCAAAGGCGAGCGCGCGGUUGUGCCUGUGAUGUCGCUUCCUGCCUCCAGCGAGCCUUACGAGAGCAGCAGCAGCACCAAAGAACUGGACGCGUCCUACAUGGACCCGCUGGGCCCCCUCGCCGACCCGCCCCGAACGGGCGCCAAGAAGCAGGUGGACGACGACGUCUUUGCCGGAGAGGACCUCGGAGACGAGCUGCUGCCUGAGUAGAAAAUGCCAACACCGUGUCGCAACCUGGAUGUUCUGGAUGGCUCUGACUCCUUCACCCCCUUUCGGCCAAUCAACAGGAGAGCAGCGGCGACGGGUAGUUGACGAAACAUCGGAAGUCGUUGGACAAAUUGCGCUCGUGCUGAGGCAGGAAGUGACGACACACUUGGACGUCCAGAAGAUCCUUGGCUACAUUCUCCAUGACGACGCCUGAACGCAACACAAGAGACACUCAUGAUGCUUAGCUAAAUGCUAACACGUCUUGAAAUAAACAUGUUCUCAUCAUUGUAGCACAAA